GGCAGCAACACCACAGCACCACACACAGUACACACCACUCCAUAUAAACAAUGAACUUCGCUCUUGACGACAAGUUGAAGGCUUCAUUCGUCGUGGUCAGGUCGCAUCUCGUGUCACGGCCGUCUCUUCUCUCUGAACUAAAUAGUUUUAUACAGGACAUCUCAAAUAUGUUGAUCAGGUUGAUCUUGUGUUUGUUGUUGGUACAAGUUAUCAGCCAUAGCGCAGUGGAGAGCAGAGGGUAUCAGCCGCCUGGUCCUCGAAACAGUCUUAAAGGCCAAAGUGUUGAAGUUGGCGUCAGAGUCCAUCCUCCUCUCGCGUCUCGGCUUCUCCAGCAGGAAAAAGCCGUGGUUAAGGUUCCCGGCAGCAACCAGGACUCUAAUACACACCAUCACCACACCGGCCGUGUCCAGGAGGUAGCAGUUGGCAGUGUGGGUGGCAGAAUAAACAUCUGUGGUCUGUGUCCCAAACCGAUAGAGAUCAACCCGUGUACAUGCGCGUGUAUCAACUCCACCCUGGCUGAGCUGAGCUGUGGACCAGACCUGAUGUCGUGUACUCAGCUGACCAACAUCCUCAGCUCCGUCCCCUACCCCACCACCCUCUACCUCAGACUGAUGGUGGACGGAACAGCUCUACGAUGCAAAAUCGACGAGACCAUUUGGGGACCUCUCAAAUUCCAAGAGAUUAUCCUCAUGAACAAUGAAUUCAAAACAGUUGAUAAUCGCGCCUUUAUCCCCUUCAACAACACCCUUAAACUUCUCAACCUUGGUCAGAACUCCAUUAGCAAUAUCUUCUUCCCUACACUAAGUGACCAGCCGUACCUUGAGGGCCUCCACAUGGACAACAACAACAUAAGGUUCAUCCCUGGGUAUUCCAUCAUGGUGCUCAAGUAUCUCAGGAAACUUACCUUCUCCAGCAAUUGGCUCUAUGAGAUUGAACCUUUUACCUUUGCUGGUCUACCAAGCUUGGAGUUGUUGGAUCUUUCGUAUAACAGCAUCACCAAACUACACAAGGACGCACUGAGCAUUCCUAACCACGGCACACCUCCGGUUUCCAUAGAUCUUUCUCACAACCAGAUCUCCACAGUCGAGGCUGGAGUGAUGGCAGGGGUCAGAGUAGCAGCCAUCCACCUACAACAUAACCAGCUUAUUACCCUCAACGAGAAGGUGUUCAGGCCUCUCAUAGACGUGUCCGGGGGCUACUCACACUUCUGGGUCACAGGUAAUCCAUUUGUCUGUAACAUCGGAUUCUGUUGGAUCGUCGCGAAUAAGACCUUCACUAACAGCUUCGAUAACUUCCGCUGCCCGAAUAUCAACAACAGCCCUGUGGACACCCUCACUGCCGACUGUUCGUUAACCACACCUUCACCCAUGGCAGCUGAACACCACCCCUCCGACCCACACCCAGUGUCUAGGAGGCAUCCCAAACUCAACCCGUCCAAGCCAUUUCUGGUAAGGUGUUUGUUGUUGUGUGCGGUGAGCCCGAGUGUCCUCCAGUGUGUUCUUGAGGCCAGACAAAUGGUCACGCACACACACUCUGGCGUAAAUUAUCAAAUAAAUUACAAAGAUGAUAAGUCAAUCGAACUUAGUAGCAUAAAUACUGACUCAAAUACUAUAUAUAGAACAGACAAUCUUUAUACAGAAAAUCCUAAAACUGCUCAAGGCAUACAAACUGAACGAUCUAGCCUAGCAAGUGAACAUCUUCAUAUGCGCAGCCAAGACGAGGCUGCAGUGCAACUUCGGACCCGCGAUGCAAUAUUUAGGAGGCUACGGAAGGCAGGGAAGAGAACGUCAGGUUUUGAAACUGUAACUGCAUCUAGUGGCUAUUCUCCUGAUACCUACCUACUGAGGCCCUCAAUUACCAACGCAGUGAGUGGAAAUCUGCACAACGGCCGGACAAGCCGGACAUUACAGCAGGAGCUAGACUAUCGUCCACCUCUGACAAACUACUUCUCGUGUAACGGUGCGCCAGGAAAACCUUCGGCCAGAGGCACCGCCCCACCCUUUGUCUGUGAUCUAUGUCCUGUCACCGUCGACGAUAAGAACCCGCUCUCUCCUUGUACCUGUGUGGGUAACUCCGGCUCUGGUGCGGGAGAGAUCAGCAUCACCUGUCCUCCCACCACUGCCACCACGGAGCAGCUACACGAUCUCUUCACCAACACAGAUUUCUUUACUAGCCAAGUCUUCAGGUUCACUCUACAAGGAUCCAACAUGAGCGGGGUGUUAAGCCAGGAGCUAUGGGGAGACCUUCAGUUUACUCAGGUGCUGAUCAUGGACAACAAGAUCACCCAUGUCGACAACAAGGCAUUUAACAGCUCAGCCAGUACUCUCACGUUCCUUAAUCUUGAUAACAACCUCAUCAGCUACUACGUGACGUCAGGGAUAGAUGACCUGCCUAAACUGUCUACCUUGGUGCUCAAGAGGAACCGCAUCCCUAUUAUCUUCACCAACGCCUUCAACUACUCCUCCCUCGGGGUACUUGACCUCUCCUCCAACAUCAUUGAUACCAUCGGCAAGAACGCUUUUGCAGCACUGGAUAAUCUUCAGUACCUGUACCUCAAUCGCAACCUUCUGACGAGCAUCGACGAGGAUUGUUUCCACUUCUUUAACCAUAAUCCCGUCAACUACCUCACCAUAGAUCUCUCAUCUAACAAAAUAUCUUAUAUCAAUGAGAAAGCGUUCGGUGGGCUACGUAACCUCCAGAUCUUCCUCAAGGACAACCAACUCAUGACCAUCUCAGAGAAAAUAUUUCAUCCCAUCAUCAUCGACAGCCAGUUUCAUGUCUACUUUACCUUUGAUGGGAACGCGAUUGUGUGUGACUGUGAUAUCAUGUGGAUAAUAGACGACUCAGCCAUCUUAAGCUGUUUUGACAACUUCCUGUGUGCCAAUUCCAAUGUUCCUGUUUACGCAUUAGACCCAGAAGAUCUCGGCAACUGUUCACAACCAUUACCCCUCUAAAUGGUGGCAGCGGUGUGUUUGUUAUGGUCAAGAGAACAGCUACAUCAUUGGUCCAUUUUGUUAAAUAAAGGAGUAUCAUCAA